AUGGCUAUCCGAGAACACUUCCGCCGAGCUAUGCGCUCUGACGCCUCCAGCUCAUCAAAUAUCAUCGACGCCAACACUCCAGGCAAGAUCACAGCUACCAUGACCAAGUCGAGCCAGAACAGUGACAAGUCCGACACAUCAACAACAUCAUCUCUCGUCAACAAGCUCUCCCGUACCUGGACGUGGGGGUCCAAGGAUAAAGACUCCACCAAGGAGCGCAAACCCAAGAACAAGAAGGGAAAGAAGAUUACACACCCCAGCGAGAAGCCCUUGACUGCCCAGAAUCUCCAACACCAGGAGAUGCUCUCUCACUUCGACUUCACCUUUGGUGCCUCUUCUCCCGAGCAGAUCGAGGGAGAUGACUUUGCUGGCAUCAGCCCUUGCUGUACUCGAGCUCAUAGUGUUGUCAACUUCUCUCUGGAAGGUGACAGCGAAAGCGACGAUCAGACCUCAUCUUCUUCAUCCUCCGUUAAAUCAUCUUAG